UCAAGGUUAUAUUUUUAAGAAGUCGAUCAAAGGUCUAUGUUGAAAGUGAAAGUGACCAAACAUAAAGCAAGCAUUAAACAGUAAAUAGAAAAAAUAACUUUCUUAAAAGUAAUAAUAUAGAUAUCGUAUACACUGUAAGCCGUUUUCUUCUAUAAGGCUUCAAUACUUAGAAAGUGUACGUCUUAACACAGUUUGCAUGAAGCUUUUCUCCGCUUCUCACCUGUUUCGCAGCGGGUUGACUGUGAGGAGGAGAGUUGGGGUCUACCAAAAGCCUCUUUCACAGUUCACGUCAAAUAUGGCCAGUAAUAGUUUUCCGCUAUCCUCAGAAAAGAUGAACCCUUUGGUCGGGGUCUGUCAAAUGACGAGUACUGCUGACAAAGAGGCAAACUUUGCGGUCUGUCAAGCUUUGAUACACAAGGCAAAAAAGCUUGGAGUUCAGAUGUUGUUCUUCCCUGAAGCGUGUGACUACAUUGCUGAUUCAAAAUCACAGACGGUAGAAAUGGCGGAGAGUUUAAAUGGAGACAUUAUGAAACGGUACUGCAGAGCUGCUCAAGAAAGUGGUAUUUGGCUUUCUAUAGGUGGUUUCCACCAAAAGGGUCCUGACAGUGACGUGAAACGUAUUCACAACACUCAUGUUUUGAUUGAUAAUGAAGGAACUAUCAGAGCCACAUAUGAGAAGGCACACUUAUUUGAUCUUGACCUUAAAGGUCGAGUGAGGUUGUGUGAAAGUGACUACACUGUGCCUGGCAAAAAGAUUGUACCGCCUGUCAUGACUCCUAUUGGUCGAGUGGCUAUGUCUACUUGCUAUGAUGUCCGAUUUCCUGAACUGGCAUUAGUGCUGACUCAGCAGGGAGCAGAUAUUUUGACUUUCCCAUCAGCUUUCACACAAGCCACAGGAAUGGCACACUGGGAGGUGUUAAUGCGUGCUCGAGCCAUUGAAAACCAGUGCUAUGUGAUAGCUGCAGCUCAGACUGGUAGACACAAUGAAAAGAGGGUAUCAUAUGGCCAUGCUAUGAUUGUAGAUCCCUGGGGCUGUGUCGUGGCACAAUGUCAAGAAGGAACAAAUGUGGCAGUGGCUGAGAUCGACCUGGGUUACAGAGCUCGAAUACAACAGGAAAUGCCAGUUUGGCAGCAUCGACGAUUUGACUUGUAUUCUCCAGUCACAGCCCUAAAAUGUGAUCUUACAUAUGACUUGGACAGGCAACCAGAAUACCAAUUUGGACAUGUGAAAAUAAGUUCUUCUUGUGUCUUUUCCCGUUCUGCUCUGUCUUAUGCAUUUGUCAACAUCAAGCCAGUCGUGCCUGGCCAUAUGCUUGUAGCAUCUUUAAGAGCUGUAGAACGGCUGACUGAUCUGACCCAUGCUGAGGUUGCUGAUCUCUUCUGUCUUGCACAGCGCGUGUCUGAUGUUGCACAAAAACAGUUCAAAGCCUGUUCGGUCACAUUGGCAGUACAAGAUGGCAUAGAUGCUGGGCAGACUAUAAAGCAUGUUCAUGUUCACAUCCUUCCCAGGAAACAAGAUGACUUUAAACAAAACGAUGAUGUGUAUCAUCACCUGCAAAUGCACGACAAAGAUUUGAGUAAUGGUACCCCAGGACUGCGAACACAAGAGGAGAUGGCUGAGGAAGCUGCAUUGAUGAGAGAAGCAUUCUCAAAAUAUUGAUGCAUUUUUGCACCCAGAAAAGAACUAGCACAUACAAACUUGCUUGCAGUAUUGCCUAGUAGGAGGUAUACAUGAAUGCUGAAUUUCAAAUGCUAACCAAGAGACAGAAGAAAGCCAAAUAUGGUAUACAGAGUCAGAUAUUAUUCUUCUAAUUUUAAUAUUAAUGAUGUGACAGGGCUUCUGCUAAGACUAAAUUCUUUGGGGUCCAAGGGACCCCUUCUUCAGAUUUUCAAGGGGUCCCUGUUCUUCGCCCAAAUUUGAAUGGGACCCCAUUGACGAAAAUUGAAGGGGUCCUCCGAACUUUUAAUGCGUUACUGUACGCAAUUUUUUGCGUAAGCAGAAGCCCUGAUGUGAUCUUAAGAAAUUAUGCUGUCUACAUCUUUGAUUUUAACUUCAUGCUGUACACUUUCACCUCAAUAUGUUUAUCCGACUCCAUUUCUGUCUACUGUUCUAUAAUUUAUAGAUGUUACAGAUGUAGAUUAAAAUACUGGGUGUAUCCAGAUUUCCAAGACUUGCCUGUUUAGGGUGUUUAAUAUUUAACCAGAUGCAUAGCUGAUGCAUUCUUUUGUGCAUUUAACUUAAAACAAUAUGAUAUAAAGGAAAUAUCUUUUUACCAUGCUAUAUCUGCUAGUGAUAUGAUCUAAUCUGUCAUCUUUACAUGGAUUCUACCUCUGGCUUAUUUCUCACAUGCAUGAAAACAAACAGCUUUUUUUAACUGUCUAAACUGCUUGUGAUAACUUUUUUUUUUUUUUUUUUUUUUGGUAUUUGUAUUCUAAUGGGAAAUGUAUGUUGUAUUCCAUGAGGAGUUCAAAUAAAGUUCUAGUUGCAAAAUGUUGAUAAAAUUGCCAGAUGCACACCAUCAUUAUUGCAAAGUUAGUUCUCUGUUUUGUAACAGCACAGUUAAAAGAAAUCUAGUGUCAUGUUCAACUACAGAAACUCAAGACUCCGUAAAAAAUUACAAAUACCCUAGAUCAACAAAGUCAUUCUGGCAGUAAAGCGUCAUGUGAAUUUUAGCACCAGUUCAGAAGACUUGAGUGCCCUGAUUCCAUGAAACAGUUCAAAGUGCUGGGAGGUGUUUAAAAGUAAUUUGAAAGAGAUGAGUCUAAAGAUGCCACUUGAUACCACUUAAGCCAGCUGAGUAGCAAGGGAAGUGUUCCAAGCAAAGGAACUGGUGUAGGCUGAGUAUGUUGUAGGUUAUGGGUAACCAGAGUGUAUCAGCUGCUAAAUGAAGUGUGUGGGAUAGUCUGAAUGUUGAGGCACAUAAUCAGGAACAUAGCAGCUGAGGCAUUUAUAGCAAGAAACUGUCCAUUUAAAUAUUUAACAGAGACUCAAAGAGAAAAAUAUUAUUAAAUAAAAAAGGCAAGAUUGAUUACAGUAAUACUGGUUGUAACAGUGAACUUUGAGGGGCACUGUCAACCAAGCUAUGGUGUAUUGCCCACUAUCCCAUAUAAAUAUACCUGAAAUAAAUUUUUCCACUUUGGGAUU